AUGGAUCGCAUUAGGGCCUUUUUCAGGUCAUCAAAGACGGACGCCGAAGAGUAUGAGCCGCUGGCGGAUGACGACUCGGGGACGCUCGAGGGGUCAGGAUACGAUGAUGGGUCGCCAUUUUCAUGGGUGGAAUAUUUCAUUUUCGCCUUGAUUGGCGUUGCGAUGUUAUGGGCGUGGAACAUGUUUCUUGCCGCUGCUCCCUACUUCCAGACGCGCUUCGUGUCCGAUCCAUGGAUUUACGCCAACUCGCAGUCGGCGGUGCUGACGACAUCGACCGUGGUGAACCUGGCGACGAUGAUCAUUCUAACCAACAUCCAGUCUUCGGCCAACUACGCAUUCCGGAUCAACGUUUCGCUCUACAUCAAUGCAGUCGUGUUCGCCUUGCUGGCCAUCUCGACCACACACUUUUUGGGCGUCGCCCCGUCGGUCUACCUAGUAUUUCUGCUUCUCACGGUGGCCCUGACUGCAUUGGCGUCUGGCCUGAUGCAGAACGGCGCCUUCUCCUUCGCUGCUAGUUUCGGCCGACCGGAGUACACGCAAGCUAUCAUGGCCGGACAAGGGGUCGCCGGUAUUCUCCCGCCCUUGACACAAAUGGUCUCCUUCCUCAUCUUUACCGACACGUCCCCCGGGAUCCCACCUACCAAGCAGCCAUCGAGUAGCGACCCUGCCUCAGAGGGCGGAACCGCCGCCUUUACCUACUUCCUCACUGCCGUGAUCAUCUCGGCCAUAACCCUCGUGGCCUUCAUCCCCCUCGUGCGCCGGCGCAAACGGCUGCACGAGGAGCGUCUCCUGACCCCGCCCGAGGCCGACCUCGCCUCGUCCGUCACCACACUGGGAUCCUCCGCCAGCGCGGCUGAGGCGCGCCGCUACGUGCCCAUCACCACGCUCUUCCGUAAGCUCGGCUGGAUCGCGGCCUCGGUGGCCAUGUGCUUUGUCGCGGCCAUGUUCUUCCCCGUGUACACGGCCAAGAUCCUGUCGGUGCACGACCCGUCGGAAUCGGGCAAGUUGUUUUCACCGGGCGCGUUCAUCCCGCUCGGGUUCUUCUUCUGGAACCUCGGUGAUCUGACGGGCCGGGUGUCGACCAUGGCGCCGGCAUUUGGGUGGUUGAGGCAGCGACCCAAGGCGUUGUUUGCCCUGGGUAUGGUCAGGUGGGCGUUCUUGCCCCUGUAUAUGCUGUGUAACCUGCACGGGCGUGGCGCGGUGGUGUCGAGUGAUUUGUUCUACCUGCUUCUGGUGCAGUUCCCCUUUGGGUUGACAAAUGGGUGGCUCGGUUCGAGCGCCAUGAUGGCGGCUGGUGAGUGGGUGGCUGAGGACGAGAGGGAGGCUGCGGGCGGUUUCAUGAGCAUGUGCCUCGUGGGGGGUUUGGCGCUCGGUAGCAUGUUAAGCUUCACCGCCGCGGGGGUCUGA